AUGGCAUACAUCGGCUCGAGCUUUAAUAUAUGCCUUCAUCCAUUCAAUCUUUUGUAUUCGUAUAAGUUGAGCUUGAUUCAAAUCAGAAAGUGCUGCGGUGAGCCGUUUUUUCAAUGGACCGAAAACCGCAACAUCAAGUGGCUGAAGCAAAUGCGAGGUAUGAGGAGGAAGUAUAAGAAGUACAAUUCGAUUUUGAAGGCAGUGAGCUAUAAAGCUUCCAUUAAUAUGAGAAUCGUGGCCAUCGCAGAUGAGAAGCCGAUAUUUGCUAUCUGCUUUUGUACGAAUUGCAAGUUCGAAAACGCGUUUUAG